AUGGACUUACUCAAAUCGAUUCAAAACUACAUCAACAAGAUGAUCAACCAAUCACCUGGGAUCAAAGUACUCCUACUAGACUCAGACACUACUGCUAUCAUCUCACUAGCUGCCACCCAAUCCAACCUAUUGGAACACGAGAUCUAUCUCACCGAUUCGAUCGCCAACACUAAUAGGGACCCAAUGCACCAUCUCAAGUGUAUAUGCUUCCUAAGACCGACGGCUGAGAGCUUGAAGGCGAUGGAAGAAGAACUCCGGAAUCCUCGUUACAAGGAGUAUUGGCUCUAUUUCAGCAAUAUCCUCAAAAAAUCAGAGAUCGAAAUGUUGGCUGAGGCGGACGAACGUGAGCUCGUAAGAGAGGUUCAGGAAUACUUCGCCGAUUACGCGCCGAUCACUUCCUCCCACUUCUCACUAAACUUACAACCCUACAAUCCUCCACAAAAUUCUCAUCAACCCACAACGAUCUCAUUAUCCUCACUAGUUGCCCAACCCACAACCCCCCCAGCCAAGAAACCAUCCCAUCGCUCGUUGCCCCUCUUUGGCGAUUCGACCUCCACCUGGAAUAUCUCUACCGGCGCACUCGAACGGCAUGUCCAAUGUUUAAGCGCCUUGUGUCUCAGCUUGAAGAAGAAACCGGUGAUCCGUUAUGCAAAGAUGAGCAAGAUGGCUAAAAAACUAGGCCAAGAACUACAGUAUCAGAUGCAGAGUGAACAUCAAUUGUUUGACUUUAGAUUGACUCAUCCAUCGCCGGUCCUACUGAUACUCGAUCGUAAACACGAUCCAGUCAGUCCACUCUUAACACAAUGGACCUAUCAAGCGAUGGUACAUGAAAUCCUAGGAAUCGACAAUGGACGGGUAGAUCUUUCGGGGGCGCCGGAGAUCCGCGCGGAGUUAAAGGAGAUUGUGCUGAGCACGGAACAGGACCCGUUCUUUGCGAAGAACUUGUAUGCGAACUUUGGUGACCUCGGCGCCUCGGUGAAGGCCUACGUCUCGGAAUACCAGACCAAGACGGUCUCCUCCAAACUGGUGGCUGGCAAGAUCGAUACCGUCCAAGACAUGAAACGCUUCUUGGAGGAAUAUCCCGAGCAUCGGAAGCUCAGUGGCAACGUCAGUAAACACGUCUCUCUGGUCGGCGAAUUGAGUCGCUUGGUCGGAGAGUUGAAGUUGUUGGAGGUCAGCGAACUCGAACAGAGUUUGGCUGCCAACGAAAGUCAUGGAUCAGAUCUUAAAAAUGUUCGCGAGAUGAUCGCGUCACCUCAGAUCAACACAGAUGCGAAGCUAAGACUAGCAUUACUGUAUGCGUUACGCUACCAAAAAUUCAAUGGGAACUGUAUAGUCGGGAUAGUCGAAUUACUGAAACAAUACUCGGUAUCCGAACAAGAUGCCCGACUGGUAUAUGUGAUGUUGAACUUUGCGGGGCAGGAGGAACGACAGGACGAUCUGUUCUCGAAUGCGAAUUUUUUCAGCCGGGGCAAGUCGGCAUUGAAAGGCCUGAAAGGGGUCGAGAACGUGUACACCCAACAUACCCCGCCCCUGGUCGAAACGGUCGAGCAAUUGUUGAAGGGUCGAUUGAAGGAGACCGGCUAUCCGAUCCUCGAUCCCCCUGCCGACCCCGCUAAAAACUACCACUCUUCUUCUUCGGCGGCAAACAAUCAAUCUUCUUCCGCUGCUGCUGCCCAGAAUUUGCCUACGAGGCCGAUCGAAGUCGUCGUCUUCGUCGUCGGCGGAUCUACCUAUGAGGAGGCCCGAAGUAUCGCCCUCCUCAACGAUCGGCUCGCCUCCGGAGUCGGCUUCUCUGGCCCUGGUCCGCAACCGCAAUUAGGUGCUCGAGUGAUCUUGGGCGGAACAUAUGUCCACAACUCUAGAACGUUCUUGGAUUGGCUGCGCGAUCUGGGGACGAAGUAUCCGGAAUACACGGAACCGAAGCCGAGUCUGAUCGCCAGUGGUUCGAGCCAAGGAGACAUGAGCUUUGGGGAUGGCGGAUUCAACCUCCAACUGGGCAACUUAUCAGUCAAUGUCGGCUCUGGGGCUGGUGGGAGUGGGGUUAAUGGAGCCGGAUCUAGGCCGGUUGCCGCUGGGCUCGAGGAGUUCGGCGACGCCGCCGUCGACGGCGUUCGUAAUCUGUUUGGUAGGGUCCGCAAGGGCGUCGUCGGCGGCUUCUGA